AUGGCGGCGGCGGCACCGGCGGCGGCACCGGCGGGGCUGCGGCGGCGGCGCGGCGCCCCACAUCGUUGGAAAGGAAAAGAUAUUCUAGAUGAGUAUUUCCUUCCAAAUGAAGCAGAUCUUUGUCAGGUCAUUAUAUUGCCAAAAGCAGAAUGGGAAAGGAUUCAGGGCAGCACUAGAGAAGCAGCACACAUCGAUGAGAAGAAAGAACAGGAUGAAGUGCACUUGGAGUCCAAAGCUGCUGGCGAAGACCCGCGCAGUGCCACACUGAGCCUGAUACAACAGAAACUUCAAGCCAAAAAAUUACGUGAAGAAAAGGAAGAGGAAGAAAGAAAGUUACUUGAUUUGGAAGAAGCAAAGUUCCAAGCAGCAAAACGGAAGGAGGUUAUUGAUCGUGCAAAAAUCUACCUAUCUUAUCAGGAUGACAGAAUGAGACAGUUCCAUAGUGCACUUUUACUUACUAAGGUCCUGAAAGAAAGAGAUGCUCAAGUUGAAUUUCUUAAGUCAAGAUUAGCUGAUAACAAAAAGAGGGACUAUGAAGAAGAGCAACGUCAAUUUAAAGAAUACAUUCUCAGCGAGCAAGAAAAAGCACAUCAGCAUUAUAUGAAUCAGCAGGCACUAUGCAAAGAUCAGUUACAACAAAUAAAGGAGCGUGAGCAUCAGGCAUAUCUGGCCAAACAGGAAAAAAAAAGAGAAGAGGAAGAAAUACAGAGAUCAAUCCAACUGUAUCAACUAGAAAUUCAGAGAAAAAAAGAAAAGGAACACGAAGAAAAAAUUGAACGCCGGAAGCUCUAUCAUGAGUAUGUAAAUGACCAGAAAAUAAUCAAAGCAAUAGAGGAACAAAACCGAAUGGAAGAAGAUGAUCGGAUCAAGGCUCAUUUUAAAGCAAAGGAAAUUAUUGCCCAAAUGAGAAGAAAGAAAGAAGCUGAAAUGCGUAGACAAGUACAGGAACAACAGGACAAAAUCAUUAGUCGAUUAGCUGAACAAAUGGGUGAGGCACUAAAGAAGGAAGAUCAUCGACUGGCUAGAGAUGCGGCAAGAAUAGAAGCUGAACAAGAAAAAAAAUGCAAAGAGAGAGAAGCAAAACAAAAGGCUGCCAUUGAAUCUAUUGCUAAACACAGAGCCACUGUGAUGAAGUUGAAAGAAGAAAAGGAGAGACAGGAGAAAGAAGAGGCUGAAAAAGAACGGGAUGUGUUAAUGGAAAAAGCCCGCAUCCACCUGGAAAUGGAAAACAACAAAAAACAUGGACGGCAUGAGGCAAACAGAGAAGUACAGAAAAUUCAGCUCCAGCAAAUGGCUGAAAAGCAGGCAAGAAAAGAGCAGGAAAAGCAAGCAGAAUUGGACUACAAUGCUCAGAGAGAGGCUAUUGCACUUUCUAAAGAGCAAGAGUUUCAGAAAUAUGCAAAGGAAAUAAUUGAAACAGAAUCCAAGAAGACACAUCAUCUUUAUCCUCUUCUCAAAGCAUGUGAAGAGGGAAGAGGACUUGGACAUGGGCCAUUUUUCUGAGAGAAGAAGAAAUAAAUACUACUUUCCAAACAUAUAAUUCUAUGUUGGGACCCAGUUACCUUGCUGUAGCUGUAAUGCUGCUCAAAAAACCAAAACAUAAAAUAAUGUUUAAAUUGUCCACCAAGGAAAGGCAGAGGCAUUUUCAAGUUAAAUAAAUAUGCUUUUCAACCAUA